UUAUUAAAAAGCAGAGCUUUGUGAGAGAACUAUCGAUGUGCAGUGUUGCGUGAGUGCGAAUGAAUCAUGGCGACUAGCGGCGAGGACCUUUGGCGUGAGUGCGCGUCCUGGCUUACGAGGUGCAGUUUGCUGAGGCCCGAUCAUAAAGCGAAUUGGCCGACGAGUACUACACACGACUUAGCGUAUACCCUCCGGGACGGUGUGCUUCUCUGCAGCUUGCUGAACGUGUUGCAGCCGGGAUGUAUAGAUAUGAAGGACGUGAACCAGCGUCCCCAGAUGGCACAGUUUCUAUGCAUGAGGAACAUAAAAGUGUUCCUCCGCGCUUGCCACGAGGUGUUCGAGCUGCGGGAGACUGAUCUGUUUGAUCCCUCAAUGCUGUUCGACUUGUCCAACUUCCACCGAGUGCUGUGUACGUUGGCCAAGCUCAGCCAGAGUCCGAAAGCGUUGGCUAAAAAUAUACAGCCAUUUUCCGCAAGAAGGACACAAUCCGAAGAAGAUAUCUACAAAGAUUUGCAAUCAGUCGGCGGCGCGGUCGCGAGCCGGGAGGUCGGUGAGUACGCGAGCUACUGCGCGCGCAUCCACGACGAGGAGAUCUACCACGACCUCUGCGCGGUCAAGGGGCCCGUCCGCGAACCGCCCCAAGCCCCGCACCAUCCCAUCGCUUUCAGCACACUAGCGACGUCGUCGCAUAGUCUAGAGAAAAGGGACUAUGUUAUAAGGGAGCUGGUUGACACCGAGUGCAAUUACGUGGACGUGCUUAGUAAAAUAAUUAAAUACUUCCUGAGACCGUUGACGCCAUAUUUGAAGCCCCAGGAUAUGCAAGUCAUAUUUUUUGGUGUGAAGGAGUUACACGAAAUCCAUUCCGGGCUACUCAGACAACUCCGGCUGGCCACGGAGAACUGCGUGCCCGGCAGCGGCGCGCCGCGUCUCGCCGACGUGUUCCUCACGUGGAGGGAGAGGCUGCUGUUGUACGGGGACUACUGCUCCAACCUCACCAACGCACAAGAGACCCUGAAGACGCUCGAUGCCAGAGAUUCCACGUUCAGCAAACAGCUAUUAAAAUGUCAGAAAGAGCACAGCGACGGUCGCAUACAACUGCGGGACAUUUUGUCGGUGCCGAUGCAGAGGGUGCUCAAAUACCACCUCCUAUUGGACAAGCUUGUCCAUGAAACACAACCGAACCAUGAAGAAUUCCGGGGUCUGGAGCGUGCGAAAGAGGCGAUGGUGGAUGUUGCACAAUACAUAAAUGAGGUCAAACGUGACAGCGAGGUGCUUGUGUUGCUCGCUAAAGUGCAGGAGAGCAUAAUCGACUGGGACGCGGCGGCCCUCGGCGGGGGCGGGGCAAGUCUCGCCGCUUACGGCAGAUUGCUCCUCGACGGAGAACUGAAAGUCAAGGCGCACGAAGACCAGAAGGUUCGAUCGCGUUACGUGUUCGUGUUUGACAAGCUGAUGCUGCUGUGCAAGCCCGUCAAGGACAACCAAUAUUCAUACCGCACGGGUAUCCGAUUAGCUGAGUAUCGCGUAGAAGAGGCUUGCGGGAGAAGAACUCUACGAGGAGAUGCGAGGUGGACGUCGCACUUCUACCUCCAGCAGAGAUUCCAGGACGCGACAUACACUUUGUACGCGCGCACGGAAGACUGUAGACGGAAGUGGGUGAAGACUAUCAAAGAUGCAAUAGAAAACCUAGAGCCGGCCGGAUGUCGCAGCACGAAUCAUAAGUUCGUAUUACACACGUUCGAGAAGCCCGCAACGUGUCACCAUUGUUCCAAAUUCCUUAAAGGCAGAAUAUUUCAGGGCUAUCUGUGCUCGGUGUGCAACGCGUGUGCGCACAAGGACUGCAUAGCACUGUCUGGGCGUUGCGGGGGAGGCACGGCGCCCCCGCCCCCGCUGCCGCCACAUGCUCACCAGCCCGACAACGCGCUCCACUACUACAUGUGGUACGUGGGUGAGAUGGGUCGGGAAACUGCGACGGCGCGUCUGGAGCGGCGAGUGGACGGCACAUUCCUACUGCGCGUGCGGCCGCGAGCCACGCAAUCGCUCCCCCCGCCCUCGCACGACACGCACUACGCGCUCUCACUCAAGACGGACAACACAGUAAAGCAUAUGCGCGUGUGCCGCAAGCCAAUAGACCAGGUGCCGCACUACUACCUCUCCGAGUCUCGCUUCUUCCGGAGCAUCGUCGAGCUCGUUUCCUAUUACGAGAAGAUAAGUUUAUCGGAGAACUUUGUCGGUUUAGAUUCAAUCCUUCGCUGGCCGUUCCGGAGAGUGGUGGCCACGGUCAUUCACGACUUCCGGCCGCUGGAAACCACCCAGUUGGCGUUACGGCCUGGCGCCAAGUUGCUCGUACUCAGUAAAGAAGGUGACAGGGUCGGGUGGUGGAAAGGACGAACGCUUGAUAAGGGCGACAACCGCACCGGUUACUUCCCCAAGGAGUGUGUGCGAGAGGAACCGGAGUGUAUAGGGGCACUGGACUGAUGUCAGCUCUGCCUCGCAGAGCGAGAGCAGCACUAUCGACUUCCAGACACCACCACUGACACUGACACUGACGACUGUCAAGACGACCUCGUCUAGAGAUCUAGUGAAAAGUUUAGCUAAUGGACUGGUUUAAACUCGAACUAAAUGUUCGUUACUCUCUGUUUGUCCCUAGAAUAAAUGCGUAAACGUCGCCACGGUCAUGACGACUGCUGGGAUAUAUGAAGAUCUAGGUUAGAGACUGAAGUUAUAUGUACUACUAUGAAUGUGAACUUUUGGCCGAUUUGAUAAUCUUCCAGUGUACAUAAUAAUUAUUAAAUACGGUAUUUUCUGUAAAUCAUAGCUUAUACUUGUCAGGGUGAUAGGACUGAGCGUGACCCUUCGACAUAAAUGGACAUUGUUAAAAUAGUUAAUGUACUGGUGUACGCUCUUAUACUUUCAUUAUAUCCUGGUAGUUCACAAAGGACAUCGUAGAUAAUUUUAUAGAAUAUGAUACUAUAAAAUCUAUAUAGGCUCAUAGAAAAACACGAUCGAAACUUUAACCUCUUGACAACUCACUUUAUUGUUUGAAUCAUAACACCAUGACAUUCGGGCAUUAUUAUAUCGAAACUCGAUUUCGAGAUGUGCCAACUUUAACUAGGUUUACUCAUUCAGGUUUUUUUAAUGAGUAAUAAAUAUCGAUUUGUUGAGUAUAUUUUUAUGCAGCAUUACUGGCAACACUGCUCAACAAAUCCUUAGCAGUUAAGUGAUACCAGUGACUAAAAAAAAAAGCUUAUUAGUAUUGAAAAAGUUAAAGGGAAAUGUAUUUUCCCAAAAAUGUGGCAACUAGUCUGCAGUUGUAUAUAAAGUUAGUGCAGCUCUCAUGAUUAAUUGUUGAUGCAGAUUUAAUGCCAAUAAAUUGCAUUUUAUAAAUUGUUAUAAAUUUCACUAAAAACGGCAGCUAGACUGCUGAUAUAAUGCUAUGAUAUAUGAGCAAUUCCAUGGCAUAACUAUAGCUAUUUCAUGGUUAAUUAAAACACAUUAGAAUUAGCUAAUAUAUGUGAAGAAGAUUAAGGGACAAUGUGUUCGCCAAAACAUAUAAAUAACGAUACAAGGAUUGCUCUCUUACAAUAAACUACGAGGAUAUGUGUAAAAUUUAUGUGACCCAAGUUAUUUCAUUAAAAGAAGUGAUUUGAAAGUGAUUGGAAAACUAAGUGUUAAAUUAAAACAUACAAAAUAAGUGGACGUAAAAAAACUAUUGUAUAGUUUGUAUGAAGAAACGUGUAUUGGAUGUCGUGCUAAUAUAAUUGAAUGCUUUAAAUAGGUAUUGUGCUUUACGAAGAUGAAAUGUAUGGGAAUACAAGGAAUGUAUAUUAAUAUGCCACUUAAAAUCUAAGGGCACCGUAAAUAAGUAUUAGGUUUUAUUUAUGUAUGAUGCAUCGCAAGAAGAAAAAAAACGUUAGUUAAAUUUUAAAGUGAUCUAGAAAUCUAAGAUUCGUUCACUAUCAAUGGGUAAGGUCGUCACCGUGUUUAUACAGGGUUUAAAAAAAAUACCAGAAAAUUCUCGGCCUGUAUUUGUUUACAUUAAAAAUAACAACUUGGUUCUAGGAUAUUUUUGAACUUGAUAGUUUGUGAAAUAAAGUAAAGCAAGUAAGUUAUUCACUCAAUAUUUUACAUAGAUGCUCUACUUGUUAUUACUCUGUAAAGUAACAUCAGCAACAGCUCGGGAACCACGACUUUGUCUAAUCACAUGUAUUUGGUUCCACAGUGUAAUGUUAUUUUAC